CCUGGACGGGGUCGACGGCCGAUCAAGAAGAGCCGUGGCCUAGGCCAAUGGCCCACAUUGCACUUGGUGGGCGCGUUGGCUUACCAUCUCCCCAAGCGGGAGAGUGGACGUCAUAAUUUGUGGUAGAGGGGGUACGCGUUCGCGCGGCCCCUGCCAAUUCUCCAAUUUAAAAUUUCAACCCAAUUUUAAACUUUGCCCAUAGGUUUUGACUUGGGCUUACCUAAUUUGGAACCUUAACCGUGGGAUUUGACUAAAAUAAUAAAUCGGGUAUUUCCCUUCUAACGGUGUUCCCAGAAUUGUGAAUCUUUUCUACCCUAGAAAUGACUAUUUUAAAAUGUAUUUUAUAAAUUUUAUAUUUCCAAAAUCUAUAUAUUUUAUAAUGUAUUUUAUAAAUUUUAUAUUUCUAAAAUCUAAAUAUUUUCUUUCUUAAAAUAUCAAAUUUCUUUAUUGACGAGAUCUUUUCCAUUUUGAAAUUUGUGAAAGGCGUAGCCUAGGUUAGGUAUGGGAAUUUCAAGGCGCAAGUUGCAAAAAAUAGUUUAGACAGGGAUUUCUGAAUUGUGAGGAGCAAGUUGCAAAAAUAGCUUCGUCUCCGAAGGAGGAAAGGGUCCUCCACUCGAUGUGCAGAUUCCUCAUCAGUACGCCUUUCUCUCGGAGGAGAGGGGAAAGGAAGGCGGAGGCGGGGAGGAUGGCGCGGAGCGUGUCGUACGUGUCGGCGGCGAAGCUCCUGGCCAUGGCGCGCAGCAACCCCCGCGUCGCCAUCAUCGACGUCAGGGACGAGGAGAGGAGCUACCAGGCGCACAUCGGGGGGUCGCACCACUUCUCCAGCCGCAGCUUCGCGGCGCGGCUGCCGGAGCUCGCGCGUGCCACCGGCGACAAGGACACCGUCGUCUUCCACUGCGCCCUCAGCAAGGUGCGAGGUCCAUCGUGUGCCAAGAUGUUCUCCGACUAUCUAUCUGAGACCAAGGAAGAAUCAGGAACAAAGAACAUCAUGGUGCUGGAACGUGGGUUCAAUGGAUGGGAGCUUUCGGGACAACCCGUUUGCCGGUGCACUGAUGCCCCUUGCAAAGGCACAUGCUCACCUGAAGAACCUGAGUUGUAACUCUACUCGCUUCCUGAAUGAUCAGCAAUGUUGGCAGUCGAUCUCCAAUGCUGAAUUUGGUCUAUUUUGCCUCAUGAGAUCAUUCGUCACAGUGUAUUGGACUGAAAUGCCACUUUGUGGACAAUUUCAUCAGAUAUAGCAUAAGUUAACUACCCCACUGUAGUGUCAGGCACACCACGGGGUACUGAAUUAUUACUGAUUACUAAAAACUCUUUACAUCUUGGCUGAAGAAAUGUUCAGCUUCUUCAUGUGCUAUGUGUUAUCAACCGCUUGUUACACUACACUUGGACUCUCAUCAAUCGUCACAUA